AUGCUGCGCCAGUCCUACCCGCCCAAGCCCAAGUUCAAGGUCGAGGACAUCCCUGACCUCGCUGGCCAGGUGCACGUCGUGACCGGCGCCAACACAGGCGUGGGUAAGGAGAUCGCAAAGGCUCUCCUGAGCAAGAACGCGAAGGUGUAUAUCGCGUCUCGUGACCGCGCCAAGUCCGAGGCCGCGAUCGAGGAGCUGAAGCAGGCGACAGGCAAGGAGGCGUUCUUCAUCCAGCUCAACCUGUCGAAGCUUUCCGACAUUAAGGCUGCCGCGGAGGAGUUCUCCAGCAAGGAGAGCCAGCUGCAUGUGUUGUACAACAAUGCUGGUCUCAUGUUUCCCCCUAUUUCUCAGCUCACAGAAGACGGAUAUGACCUGCAGUGGGGAACCAAUGUGCUCGGCACCUACUACUUCACAAAGCUGCUGCUCCCGACGAUGCUCGAGACCGCGAAGACGGCGCCGGAUGGCAAGGUCCGCGUCGUGACGACGGCCUCGGUCGUGCACUACAUGGUUAAUGGCCUCAACUACAAUACGUUCAAGGACGGCCCUGCCCGCAAGAAGAUGGGCACGCAGAAGCUUUACUACCAAAGCAAACACGGUGAUGUGAUGCUCGCCAAUGAGCUCGCGAGACGCUACGGCGACCAAGGUCUCGUGUCGACCUCGGUGAAUCCAGGAAACCUCAACACCGAACUUGCACGCCACUUGACUAGCUUCCGGCAGUGGUUCCUCAGGACAUUCAUCUCGUACCCCGCGCCGAUGGGAGCGCUGACGUCGCUCUACUGCGGCACGUCGCCGGAAGGCAAUCAGUGGAACGGCCGGUUCUUCGCCCCGUGGGCCAGGGCCGACCAGGCGCAUCCCGCGACGGACGAUGCGAAGGCGGGCCAGGAGCUGUGGAGCUGGCUCGAAGAGCAGGUCAAGGAUGUUUGA